GAUUUUGGGGAAAAGCGGUCACAGAGAGCCCAUAUUGGGAAGCAGCACUGCCCACGGGUUGGUGAGGCACAAACGUAGGCCACUUUCCAGCUCUGUUACCUUGGGCCUUGUUUCCUCGUGUGUGGCAUGCGGAUGAUACCUACUCUAGGGUUGUCUUGAGGAUUGAGAAAGCACGGAUACGUGAUGGGGUUCAGCUGAUGGUAGCAGUGGCUGCGUUGAGGAUAAUGAUAUUAAUAUGUUGGGAGGGAGAGUGGUGGCCAUUUAUCCAGGAAACAUUCUGUGGCCUUGGCCAGCCUUCAUGAUAUAGUUCGGAGAUUAGGUAGUCUCUGUUGUAAUUGCUAAAUCCUUUGUCAUUACUUCAGAAAAUGUGUGCUUUGCUAAAGCUAAAUACAGAUAGACUUUAGAUUAAGUACAAUCCAUUCCUGAAGACCGUUCUUUGUUUUUCACACCUCGUUCUUGUAAUAGAAGAAAUAUGGGUUUAUUUUAUAGACUUCCAACCAUAUAGAGAAGAAUAAAAAGACUCCAUAUUUCCUGUACCCAACAUAAGUCUUGUUAUUUUGAUGUAUGUGCUUCUACUGAGAUUGUGUUUCAAAGCAGAAUGGCUUGGAGUAAAAUCCUACAUACGUUUGGGUCUCUGGUUUCUCUGGACACGAGGGAAACCAGUGGAUAUGUUUUGAAGACAGUGAAAAAUCAGGUGUGAGUGUGUGCUAGGCUGUGGUGCAGGGGCUGAGGGGAGACAUGUGGAGCAGUGAAGUGGGAACCCUCAGCUGCCUUUUCUGAAAUGGGACAUUCUCACCUUUGAAGCCUGAGCUUGUGGGUUUUGAGUUCCUGUUUUGUGCCCUUUUAAUGUCAACUUUAUUUUUUAUUUAAGUUCAUAAGAUUAUAGUAAAUAGAUGUCCUGACUUUCAUUAUACAUGAAUAUUAGUAGACCUCAAAAAGGUAGUAAUCCCUCCCCUGCCAGGAUGGGUGGGUACGUUGGGGGCAAAGCUAUAUGUUAAGCACCAGGGGAAGAAAGAGACCUGAGAUGGAAGUAAAGGUUCGGUGCAGUGCAGAGAGGCUGAGGGGCAGCUCUCUGGGUCCCCUGAGACAGCCUGGGUGUGGCUCUUCCAGGAAGCCUGACCUCUCCCCCAACCACUGUGCUACUUCUACCUCUGUGCUCUACCCAGUUCUCAAUUCGCUUGUUUGUGUCCACCAGCAAGAUAUGGUGUUCUUUAAGAAUGAGAUCCUUCUGUUACUUUUGAAUCCCCAGCAUCUCACUGGGUUCCUUGGCCCUUUCUCAGUUGCUGUCAGGUUGAUUCUGACUCAUAGAUACCCCAUGUGUGUCAGGUAGAACUGUGCUCCAUAGGGCUUAUCAGUGGCAGAUUCUUUGGUAGUGGAUCACUAGGCCUUUCUUCUGAGGAGCCUCUAAGUAGUCUUGAACCUCCAACCUUUUGGUUAGUAGCCCAGCCCAUUAACUGUUUGUACCUCCUAGGGAUUCGAGGGUCUUUAAUAAAUGUUUCUUUGAAUGAAUGAAUGAGAACCUGCCCAGGAGGUGGUCAUUCCCAAGUCUUAUCCUGCCUUGUGCUUCUCACCUCAGCUCUUGUGUUCCCUUGGUUCACACGUUCUUUAUCCUGCCCACCACCUGUGGCCCCUUCACAACCCUGGGAGCGUCCUCACAGACCAAGUUCAGCAGUGGUUUUGCUUGAGGCCCUGUGAGCUACCCCUGGUGAUUUAGACAAGCCGGAGGAAAUCCCCAUUGCCUUUGCCAGGGCUGCAGAGAGCAUGGGUUUUCCCUUAGCCUCAGUCUAAUAUAUGGUGGUUAGACUUGGUAGGACUUAAGGAUUGUAUAGAUUUCUGUGGGUUAUCUAUUCAUGUAGCCAUUGUGCAAUAUUUCUGUGGAGUCCCUGGGAGGUGAAAAUGGUUAAGCGCUUGACAGCUAGCUGAAAAGUUGGCAGUUCAAACCCACCCAAAGGCACUUCGGAAGACAGGCCUGGUGAUCUACUUCUGAAAAGUCAUAGCCUUGAAAACCUGUGGAACAGUGUACAGUAUAAACACAGGGUCACUAUGAAUUGGAAUCAACUCCGUGGCAGCUAACAACACUGUGUUUCUUAGUUCUAGAAAAAGUACUUACAGGCCAUAUGACUGUAGGAUUACCUGUAAUUUUUUUUUUUUUUAAUUGUGCAGUAGGUGAAAGUUUACAGAGCAAAUUAGAUCCACAUUCUGUAGUUUGUGCAUAAAGUGUUUCAUGGCCUUGGUUUCAUUCCUCACAAUGUGUCGGCAUUCUCCCCAUUUCUGCCCUGUGUUCCCCUUUACCUUUCGUCCUGAUUUUUACCCCUUUCACCUUCUCAUCUUAGCUUUUUGGCAAAUACUGUCCUUUUCAUCUUAUUAUAAUUAAUCGUUCUAAGAAGCACGUUCCUCUUUGGUGUUAAUGUUUAUUUUAGGGGCUUGUCUAUUGUUUGACUGAAAGGUAGGCUCCAGGAAUGACUUCAGUUCCAGGUCAGAAGGGUGUCUUAGGGGCGUACUCUUGGGAGUUCCUCCAGUUUCUAUCAGAUCGGUAAAUCUGGUCUUUUUUAUGAACUUGAUUUUUGUUCUACAUUUUUCUUCUACUCUGUCUGGGACCCUCUUUUGUGAGCCCAGUCUGAGCAGUCAGCAGUGGUUGCUGGCCACCGUCUAGUUCUUCUGGUCUCAGGGUCAUGUACGCCAUGGUUCAUGUGGUCCAUUAGUCCUUUGGACUAAUUGCUCUCUUAAGUCUUUGGUUUUCUUCACUCGCCUUUGCUCUGAAUGGGAAGAGACCAAUAGCUGUAUCUUAGAUGGCCACUGGAAAGUUUUUAAGAUCCCAAACGCUACUCACCAAAGUAGGAUGCAGGACAUUGUCUUUAUGAACUAUGUUGUGUCAAUUGAAAUAGAUGUCCCCCCAUGUCUAUGGUCCUUCGCCUUUGAGCCUAGGAACUUCAUCCCGUGAGGUGUUUGGUGAUGUCUGAAGGGUUUCCCUGACUGUGCCCGUUGUGGGCGCAAGUGUCUGUAUUAACAUACGAGGAGCGCCUACAGUCACAUAUGUAGAAAUACCCACCACCAAACCUGGGAUGCCCUGUAUUUUUAAUGUUUGUGCCUUUACCAUUUUAUAAUCUCAAAGGAAGAUCUGAAAUAUCAUUUCCUGUGAAUACAAUUCUCAAAUAUUAUCUCAGGCUUUGGCAAAUCAUGUUACUUGUAACUGCUAGAAUUAUGUUGCUUUUUAACCAGAAAUAUUUGUGAAACUUGGGAAUUUCCUAAUAUCUGUCUCCAUUGCUGUCUUUUGAAUGAAAUUCCUUUUAUGAGACAUGAGGUAAGGCAGUUUGCCUAAAGCCAGAGAAAGAGGCAGGUCUCUGGCAAACAAAACGGAGCAGGGAGAGAAGCAUAAUGAACAGAAACAUAAAAAUUUGAAGGAAAACAGCACUACGUUGUGUAGGAGGAAGCCAAAUUAAUGAUGCAAGGUUGGAGGUAAGACUCAGGGUAAAGAGAAGGGGAAGUCUUUGAGGAACAGGAAUUGAGGUUGUAAAAACGCAAAGGCUGACAAUAGCAGCCUUGCUUGGCUAACUUUCUGAGGGCGUGUGGAUGAGAAGCAGGAGGCUAUUAAGAUUCUCAUUGGCCUCAAAUUUUGUGAUCAUUGAUAACACCGUAUUACUGUCGAUGGUGCUGUGGAGGGAAGUACAGUGAACUGGUGUUAGAAGAAAAUGAAAACAUACUUCCAAACCCGGGCCACACCCAGGAAAGAUCUCCCCCUCUCUGUAGCCAGCCCCCUGGAUGAUGCAGAAAGCUGUAUUUUGUCUUUUACACUGAAACUCUGGGUGAUGUCCCAGGUUCCAGCCAAUGCGGAGAGGCCUUACACAGUCAGUAAAGGGAGUACGUUCUAGUUGAAUGUCGGCCCUGCCCUUCAUGACAUAUUUUUCUCAUUACAGAAUGUAUUCAUGUUUGUUGUAGGAAGAUUGGGCAAUUCAGAAAAGAACAAAGAGAAUAAAAAUCACCAUUAUCCCGCCCUCCUCCCUGAGAGCUGUUCUAUCCGCACGUCUCACUUUAGCUUCUCGGACAAGCUAUUUAGUGAAAAGGGCUUGCAUUUUCAGCCGUCAGUUCUAGAUUUUGGAAUACAGUUCCUGGGCCAUCCAGCAGCAAAGAUCCUUUAUGCUUACAACCCUAGUAGGGAUAGCGAGGUGGUGGUGAAUUCGGUGUUUACAGCUGCUAGACAUUUUCAUGUGCCUCCUGUUCAUUGCAGGGUAAUUCCAGCAAUGGGAAAAACUUCUUUCAGGAUUAUUUUCCUACCUACUGAAGAAGGAAGCAUUGAAAGUUCUUUAUUUAUUAAUACCUCCUCAUACGGAGUCCUUUCCUAUCAUGUAUCUGGAAUUGGCACUCGCAGAAUCCCUGCUGAAGAGUCUGCAAAGCCACCACCCAGUGCUUACUUCCUACUUCCGCAGGUUCAGAGCAUUCAGCUUUCACAAACACAGGCAGAAACCACUAAUACUAGCCUCUUGCAGGUGCAACUGGAAUGCAGCUUACAUAAUAAAGUGUGUCAGCAAUUAAAGAGUUGUUAUCUGGAAUCCGAUGAUGUUUUGCGGCUGCAGAUGAGCAUAAUUGUGACAAUGGACAGUUCUUCGGAAGAAUUGGAAGAGAACACACAAGAUUUGUUAGAUCAUCUCUCUAUUGUGUAUGUAGCUACAGACAAAUCUGAGACCUCAGAUGACUCUGCCGUGAAUAUGUAUAUAUUGCAUUCAGGAAACAGCCUUAUAUGGAUACAGGAUGUACAUCAUUUCUCAAAGAGAGAUGCCCUGUCUCUGAAGUUCGAACCAGUACUGCUGCCUACGUCUACAACAAACUUUACAAAAAUUGCCUCUUUUACUUGCAAAGCUCCAUCAUGUGACAGUGGAAUGACUUAUAUGGAAGAUGUGAAGAAAACAAAAAGCACACCAACACUAAGAGCAUGCCUGUCCUCUCCCAUGAUUCAAGGGUAUUUUAGAAUGGACUCCGCUGCAGCCCAGUUUCACAUGGAGACUCACGAGAACACAUCAGGAGUCUGGUCAAUGUGGUAUCUCAAUCAUUUUGACCGUAGUAUUGUAUUGAAUGAUGUGUUUGUUUCCAAGGAGACCAAGCACAUUUUAAAGAUUCUGAAUUUCACUGGCCCUUUAUUUCUACCUCCAGGCUGUUGGAAUAUAUUUUCUUUGAAACUUGCUGUUAAAGACAUUGCCAUAAAUAUAUUCACCAAUGUAUUUUUGACUACAAACAUAGGUGCCGUUUUUACAAUACCUCUACAGAUACAUUCGGCCCCAACCAAGGAAGGGAGUCUGGGUUUUGAAGUGAUAGCACAUUGUGGCAUGCAUUAUUUCAUGGGAAAGUCAAAAGCAGAAAUCCCUAAUUGGCAAAGGAGCCUUUCUCUGGACCGAUCUACCUGGGAGGUGGAUUCCGAACUUGCAAGUAAACUAUAUGAAAGAUGGAAGAAAUUAAAAAAUGGUGACGUCUGCAAGAGGAAUGUUUUAGGAAUGACUCGGUUUGCCCACUUGAAGAAAUCCAAGGAGUCAGAAUCCUUUGUUUUCUUUCUGCCGCGUUUGAUUGCAGAGCCCGGCCUUGUGUUAAACUUCAGCGCAACUGCCCUUAGGAGCAGCGUGGUGAAGUACUUCGUGGUACAGAACCCUUCCUCUUUGCCCGUCUCCCUGCAGCUCCUGCCUGUCUCCUCAUAUCCUAAGCCCGAAGCCGCUGUGCGCCUGCUUCACAAAUGGUUCGGCACUGAUAUGCAGAUGAUUAAUUUCACAACUGGUGAAUUCCAGCUCACCAAUGCUUGCCCUUCCCAGGGUGUGCAUUCUGAGGACUCCAGCCUUGGCAUCCUCCACUUACACCUGCAGCCUUUAGAGAUGAGAAGGGUUGGUGUAGUUUUCACACCAGCCGACUAUGGAAAAGUAACCUCGCUCAUACUAAUCAGGAAUAACUUGACUGUCAUCGACAUGAUUGGCGUGGAAGGGUUUGGAGCGAGAGAGUUACUGAAAGUGGGUGGAAGACUUCCUGGCACAGGAGGUUCCCUCCGAUUUAAAGUGCCAGAGUCCACGCUGAUGGACUGCCGUCGACAACUGAAAGACAGCAAACAAAUUUUAUCUAUUACAAGGAACUUUAAAGUUGAGAACAUAGGACCUCUUCCUAUAACUGUGUCCUCUCUGAAAAUCAGUGGGUAUAACUGCCAAGGUUAUGGAUUCGAAGUGCUCGAUUGUCAUCAGUUUUCCCUGGAUCCAAACACAUCCCGGGACAUAAGCAUCGUGUUUACUCCAGACUUCACCUCCUCCUGGGUCAUUCGCGAGCUGACUCUUGUAACUGCUGCAGACCUGGAAUUCCACUUCACUCUCAACGUGACCCUCCCGCACCACCUGCUGCCUUUGUGUGCAGAUGUGGUUCCAGGGCCCAGCUGGGAGGAGUCAUUUUGGAGGCUCACGGUGUUGUUUGUCAGUCUGUCCCUGUUGGGUGUGAUUUUAAUAGCCUUCCAACAAGCACAGUACAUUCUUACGGAAUUCAUGAAAACAAGACAGAGGCAGAAUUCUAGCUCGUCUUUACAGCAAAACAGCAGUCCGAUGGAUGUCAUCAGCCCCCAUUCUCACAAAAGCAAUUGCAAGAACUUUCUGGAUGCUUAUGGCCCCUCUGAUAAAGGCAGGGGGAGAAACUGCCUUCCGGUAAACGCCCCUCAAAGCAGGAUCCAGAAUGCUGCAAAGAGGAGCCCAGCGACCUACGGCCAUUCUCAGAAGAAGCACAAGUGCUCAGUGUAUUACAGCAAACACAAAGCCAGCACAGCCCUCACCAGCAGUGCCAACACUACUACUGAGGAAAAGCAGCCUUCGACUCUGGGCAGCUCCCUGUCUGCUCUUAAAGAGGACGUUUGCCCUGAUGUUACGGGGGAGAACUGGAUAAACCUCAAAUACGCAAAUGACAUCAAUGUCAACCUGCAAAAGAAUUUAACCCUUCCCAAAAACUUACUAAAUAAAGAAGAAAACACACUGAAAAACACAAUUGUUGUCAAUAAUACUUCUUCAGAAUGUCACAUGAAGGAGGAGGUACAGACAUGUAUGUUUCCUAAGGAAACGGACAUUAAAACUUCAGAAACUACCGCUGAACACAAGGAGCGCGAGCUCUGUCCUCUGAAGGCCUCUAAGAAACUACCUGAAAAUCAUUUGGCGAGAAAUUCACCUCAGUACCAGUCAGACUUGCCAGAAGUUUCCAGGAAAAAUAACGGGAGUAACCAGCAAGCGCCUGUCAAGAAUGAAGGAGACAGUUGUGAAACUUUGAAAAAGCAGGGUGACACAAAGCUUCCCCCAGAGAAGAAGAGUCACAAAGCAUCUAAGGAAGACGUAUGUCCUGAGAAACAGGACGUGCCUCCUGCUGAGCAAGAAGAUCCUUAUAGGAAGAAGAAGCUUCAGGAGAAAAAGGAAGGAAUUUUACAAAAUUUAAAUUGGAGUAAAAAUCGAACAUGUAGAAAAAACAAGAAAAGGGGUGUUGCUCAGGUCUCAAGGCCUUCUGAACGGAGUGAAUUAAAGCUUGUGUGCAGUGAAUUUGGAAGGUCUGAGCUGAGCAGUGACAUGGAUAUAAGAAACUGGCGUAUACAAGAAAACACCGGGGAGGUUUGUAAAACAGACGCUCAAAUUGGAAGCUUACCUGCUGCACAGGGAGAGGCAGAGGAUUACUACCGGAAGCCUGAGAAGAAACGUGUGGAAAAGUUCUGCUCAGAUUCUAGCUCAGACUGUGGCAGCUCUUCAGGGAGCGUGCGCGCCAGCCGGGGCAGCUGGGGGAGCUGGAGCAGCACCAGCAGCUCUGACGGGGACAAGAAGCCUGCGGUGGGCCCUCAGCACUUCCUUCCUGCCGGAGACUGUGUUUCACAGAAUGAUUUUCCUUCUGAAGCUCCCAUCUCCUUCAGCCUUUCUCACAACAUCUGCAAUCCCAUAGACAUGCACGCUCUCCCACAGUAUGCAGAGACUUCCUGUCCCAGCCUCCCUGACGCACCUGCAGGUGUUGAGGAAAAUGAAGGUCUUUACCCACCUGGAGACCUGUGGUCCACCCAGCCAGUGUGUCUGACAAGCAGCUUAAACUGCAGUCUCGAGAACGGCGUGCCUUGUGUGAUGCGGGAACCUCCCCCGGUUCAUAAUAGCAGUUUCAUUGAUUGGAACACAACUUGUGAAGGCCAGUUUCCCAAUGUGUACUGUCCAUUGGAGCUGAACGAUUACAAUGCCUUUCCAGAAGAAAACAUGAAUUUCCCCAACGGCUUCCCCUGUCCUGUAGAAGUUCAGACGGACUUUAUCGACCACAACCCUCAGUCUACCUGGAACACCGCAGCCAGCAUGCCUACUGCUUGGGGACAUGCCAGCUUCAUCAACUCUCCGCCCUACCUCGCAAGCACCCGAAGCUUGUCUCCAAUGUCUGGACUUUUUGGUUCCAUCUGGGCCCCACAGAGUGACGUGUAUGAAAACUGCUGCCCCAUCAACCCUACCACGGAACACGCGACUCACAUGGAAAACCAGGCAGUCAUGUGCAAGGAGUACUACCCAGGGUUUAACCCGUUUCGUGCCUAUAUGAACCUGGACAUAUGGACUACCACAGCCAAUAGGAAUGCCAGCUUCCCACUGUCGAGAGACUCGGGUUACUGUGGGAAUGUGUGACAGAUUUGAUUUUUAAACAAUGUGAAUAAAGAUGCUUGUGUUUUGAUUACUAGUGUGGAAACUGGUCGUUGAGAUAGAUUAUGACAUUGGUGGAUAUUUUGGCACUUUUAUAUGAAAAUAAAUUUUUUUUUAAUGAAA